AUGGCUCCCAACCCCCCUUACAUGUCCUCACUCUUCGAGCCAACUUCCGCACCCCCCGAGCCCGGGCAUCCGCAAUUCCAGCAAUCACAACCUCAACACCCUGGCAUUUCACAACAGCAGCAACAACAACAACAACAACAAGCUGCCCAGCCUCAGCAAAGUCAACCGCGGCAGAAGCAGCCACGUAAGCCCCGCCAGCCAAGAAAACAAGCUCAACAGCAACAGCAACAGCAACAACAGCAACAACAACAGCAGCAGGUCCAACAACAACAACAACAACAGGUGGCCGCUCAGCAGCAACCUCUGGUUUCAAUUGACGCCCAACGGUUUGCUCAACUUCAAGCCGAGGUUGGUCAACUUCACCAGCUCGUCCAAGGUAUCAUUCAUCGUCUCGAUGCCUACGGCGUCCCAUCCCUGCCUGGCGGACAUCAUGCACCCCUUCUUCUUCCGCAACAGCACGCCCCAGUCUCGGCUGCUGCGACUUCCACCCUAGUGGCCACUUCUGCAAACGCGGCAACCAACAACAUCAACUUUAAUGCGCUUCUCACAGCCGGUCAAUCCCAUGAUGGCGGCGGCAGCGGUGGUGGUGUCGGUGGUGGUGAAAGUAGCGUAAGCGGCCUCGUCAAUGGCGACCAUGGUCAUCAUCACGAUGACGGCUCCGCUGCCAACGUCGGCGUCACUCACCACCAAGACGGCGGCGGCGGCGGCGGCAUGGACCACGACGUGGAUGACGAUGACGACGACGAAGAAUCCCGCCAACUCCAGCUCCUUUCGGCAAACCUAGUAGGCGACCAAUCCCUCCCCUCCGUCUCCUGGGGGGUCGGGGACAACAACAAUAACAACGGCGCUUCCGGACCAGGCGCAGCAGGAGCAGCAGGGUUCGACAUGGCCUACCCACCUCAAGGCCACAUCUUCCACAUCCAACUCUCCACCUCGGCGGGGGGUAAGAACUACGUCGGCGGGGGUCCCAACGGGGCCUCAGUGGUAGUCAACAACUGGACGCGCCAGCACGGAUACCGCGUUAUUACUCGUCGGUCCAAGAUCAAGAAUGAUCGAUACCACUUGACCAUGUCGUGUGCGCUCAGCGGAAACAAGUAUCGACCUGUGCCGGGCCCGACGCAGGAGCAGAUUGAGGAGGCGAGACGCAACGGGCAGAGGAAGCCGUACCAGAGAAGAAUCGGGACGGAUAAGUGUAAUUGUCCGUUUCGGUUCGUGCUGAGGGAGACGGCCAAGCAUAGCUCGACGUUUGAGGUGAGGUGGACCAUGGUGGGGCCGGAUCAGCAGCCGGCGAUGCAUAAUCAUGGGCCAGAUCCGAAGGCUUUGCUGGGGGAUGAGUAG